AUGUCAGUCCAGAAGUUCGACCAGUGGGCGAGCAGACAUGUCGAACUCUGCCAGCUGCAGACGCUGAGAGAUGCCGUCAUCGGUGUCGACGCCUCGUACUACCUGAACCUGCGCCUCAACGGGAACAACGAAGAGCCCCUCAAGCAUGCCCUCGGAGGCCAGCCAUUCGUCUUCAAGAAAGCCUUGGAAGAUGACAUUUCCUCCCUGCGGCAAAAUGGCAUCACCUUGGUGUUCGUCUUCAACGGCCUCGACUACGUGAACAAAAGCCUUCCCGACUCACAGCUGGCGGAUAGCCGAAGGGUACAAGAUGAAGCGUGGCAUCACUAUAUGAAUGGCGACAGCAAGCGCACGGUAACAGACUUUGGAAAGGCCAAAUACCCCGUCGACAUUAUGACCCGAACCCUCCAGAAACUGCUGUUUGAUAACGAUGUUCAAUACAUGGUUGCUCCAUACAGUGCCACCGCGCAGUUGUCCUAUCUUUUGAAAUUGGAGGACCAAUACAUUGAUGCCGUUAUGGGCAGCACCGAGUGCUUUCUCUUUGGGGUGGAUAGAGUGGUGACAGAUUUCAAUCUCAACGACUCAACCUUGAGCAUGGUUAGCCGUGCGGUGUGCGAGGAUGUGCUGAAAGUCCACAAAGACGUGCUUCGAGACGCCCAACUCCUGCUUGGAACCUCUUUCACCCCGACCUUCCCGAUCCUUGAAAGCAUGGCGGCGGCGAAAUCGACGGGCAUUGUAGACGCCAUCACCCUCCUUAAUGGGGCUGGCAAGAGUGUCAUGCAGCUUUGCAACUACCACCGAGACAACCCCCAAGUCCAGAGCAUGAAGUACGCCGACCGAUACAAGAAGGCAAUCAUGACCAUUAGACACCAUGUGAUAAUGGAAAAGAACGGUGUUGUUGCUCCGCUCAACUUUGACGAGGCUCCUGGCGAUGUCCACGAAUUUGUGGGACAAAGACUGCCCGAGGAACUGUUCUUCUACGUCUCCAAGGGCAUGCUCGGCCCGCAGGUCCCGAAUUGGCUCACAUCUGGCGAAAUCGCGCUUUCGCUUCCCGGAGGAGUCUUCGAUUCAGAACCUUACCGAAGAUUGGUGAUAGAACUCCUCAACCCCUUCCGAACCGAAGCCCUCAAGAUCCUGGCAGAGUCACUCAACUACUAUUAUCAGUCCCGGGUCAUCAAAGUCAGUCCAUGGAUUUCUCAGGAUACCAGUAACUUGACAAUCGAGAUCCGAAAUACUCCGCCUAUGAAACCGAAGCUGAUCCAGUGGAGAGUCCGAGGAGCCAAUAUUGAAUCCGUCAUUGGCAAAGGCGAGAAUGCUGGUUUGUUUUUGCCUUGUUUACGGUCCCUCAAAGACGCAGCAUUUUCGAAGAAGACCAUCACGUUGGGCAAGUUGGAAUACCCAGCUCUUCGCACUGCUGACGAGGUAGCCGUCAAUACGGUCUACCGAUAUCUGCAAGUUCGCGGAUACGUUGACGAUCAACACAACGUGACUACGUGGGGAAAGGCUCUGGAGACAGCGUUGACGAUCGCCGACGAGGAAUGUACCAUCAUUGGCGUGGAAAUGCUGAGAUUGGGACUCUUCACUGGGAAUUUCGCAUCAGGAGACCCCGUAGCAAAGACUGACAAGGAUCACGACCGAAAGGUCAACACCAACCUCAUUUCCAAAGUUGCGUGCUUGGGUAGAAUCCGGCACAAGCCUAUGGGAUUUGUUGGACCCCUCGAUCGGCAACUGUUAACAUAUGCAUGGAAGAUCUCAGCAGUCCGCACAACCCUCAGAGAUCUCUUGGAAACAAUCAUGACGAGCAUGUUCCUGAACGGUGACGUCGAUCGGGACCGAGAAGAUUGGAUUGCUCUCGCCCAAAGGCUGCCUUUCUCCAGCGACAAUGGCUCAGGACUUGGAAUCGCCGUCAAGACGUAUCUGGACGCCGUCAGCGAAGAAGCUGAGCCAAGCGACGCACUUAAAACCAGUAUCAAGCAGCAGGAAGGGAAGUACAACUGGUUCGCACAGCUUCGAGGCAGCGGUUACUUGACUAAGAGUCUCGAUCAAGCCUGGAAGAUAUGGGAUGCUAUUUAUGCUGCAAGUCAAGUGCCAGGCACCGAGGUCAAGGAGGCUAAGCUCUUCUCUGAGGCGAAUGAAUGGCUGACUCCCCGACGAUGA